AAAAAACUUUUCUUGAACCCUCUCAAUUGCACCCAGGGAAGGAACCUUCUCUGAUUCUAGGCUCUGGACUUCAAGAAGCCCACCUAGGCUCUCAAGGGGCCAGAGAGAGUUAGACACAGACACAGCUCUAAAGCAGACCCCACGGUGAUCUGGUGGUGACAUCUGUUCCCAGCUCUGUUGAAAGCAGGUGGCUCCCGCUCCUCCCACUGUCACCCUAUCCUCCUUUUCAUCCUGCCCUGCUUCCCUCAGCUGUGGGAUAUGAUGCCACCCACUGUCCCCUGAAGGCAGCCAGGACCAGGGCACUGAGGGCUCCAGAAAAGGCAGCUGACAGGUGGGAGCCCUGAGAAGAUGGUUUUCUUUGGCUUCCUGGAAGGAGCCCUGGGAGAAUUUUCAUGAAGUGUAGGAUUUCAGGGACAGACUGCCAGAGUUUGAGGUUUGAGGAGGGAGGUUGGGACUAGCUUUGUGAAGCCCUGUAGGAGCGGGGGCCACAAAUCUUGCCCUACCCAUACCCCUGUAAACCCCAAACCUGCCCCUGGGCUCCCAUCCUUCCCCUGAGACUUCUCUACCUUGCUUGAGCUGGACACUAAACCUCUUCCCUCCUGAGGUGGGGGCAGACACGUUGCGCAGGAUAAAGCCCAAAUGGAGAGGUCUGGUGUGGGCCCAGCCCUGGCAUGGCCUUCUUGCUCCUUGCCCUCUGCCAGCUCCAUGGCCAGCCCUGUGGAUGCAUCCCCAGCAGGCUGUGCCAGUGGGAUGGGUCUCCACCGGAGAAAGCGGACCACUUUCAGCAGAGGGCAGUUGCUGGAGCUAGAGCGGGUGUUUGCUGCACGACCCUACCCUGACAUCGGCACCCGUGAGCACCUGGCCCAGGUCACCCGCCUUCCUGAGGCCAAGAUACAGCAGGUGUGGUUCCAGAACCGCCGCGCCAAGAGAAUCAAGAACAGAAAACCAGGAGGGCUAAGCCCCAGCUCUGAACCCCCUCAGGGCUCCUGUUCUCUUCCAGACACCCUCCAGCAUCCUUGGGAGCCCCAAGCGCUGAGGCAGCCACCAUCACCCCCUGGCCCACCUCAGCGUGCCUCAGUGUGUCAUCACGCCUCAUGUGCAGCUCCUAACUUGGGUCCAGGGCAAGGAUGGACGGUGGCUAAAGUCACAGCCCCAUGGGGACCAGUUGGGGCUUCAGAGGUAUACCUUUCUUUGGAGCAAGCUACUCCCCAGACCUCACUGGGCAGCCUGUCUGACCUCAUCUAUGCCUCAGCCAUUGUCACCAACGUGGACCACUCCUAAUCUAGGUCCAGAACUUGCAAGACCCCUCCUUUGGCUCCUGUAGCCCACCUUGCCCUGCUUAAGACUUAACACUGGGUACCUGCCUAUUGUCUUGUCAGAAGGUAUCUUCAGAAGGAUGAAGUAGGAGGCCAUGUUCUCCACCUUUCUUGCCAUGCCUGGUCCCCAAUUCUUCUCCUACUCCUCCCUCUGAAGAAGGGGCAGCUGUCUCUGAGGGCCCUUUAGGCCAUCAGUUAACUGCUAUGUGAGCUAGGAGAGUGCUGUUCCUAAUCUAGGCUGCUGGAGACCCACCCUUUUAUAGUUCAGAGCCCCUUCUCCUGACUUCCUACCACCUGGACAAAUUAAUCAGAACUAUGGAUCUGAAGAGGGAGUGAUAUUAAAGUAAUAAAAAUGUGAGCCCAGAGCUUAUGCUGAUUUAAUUUUCACAAAGAUCAGAUUGGCUGCCCUCUGACGUGGGGUUCUGGAAACAACCUGACAGAUUUGGGGUAAAGAGGGCACAGGAGCAUUAGGUUUUGGUAUCACUGUCAUCUGUAAUGUCAACUAAUCUCCAAAUAAAACCCAAAGUCUGCACCUUAAUCUGAUUGUUUUGUGCUGCAAAUGAAUGAGGAUGAGGACCAUUUGCCUUGGGAAUUUAUCUCCAUCACCUAAUCCCUAAAUAGGGUCAGGUUCCAUACAGAUUCUGGGUGGGAGGUAUUACCCAGGCUUCUGCUAGGAUUAGAGGGAUAGUUAAUUGAAGGGCUUAGGGAUAUGACUGACAGACCCUGG